AUGGCGGUGGCGGAGCUUAAAGCAAAAGCUGAAGCCGGAAUAAUCACCAUGACAUUGAGCGGUAAACCUGAGGAUUUGAAGAGGUUUCAAGUCACCCAGGGAAAGUCAGCAUCUGCCGAAAUUGUUUCCGGUGUAUCGUGGGCGAGUGCUAUGGCCUCUUUGAAUUACAUCGCUAACAAGAUCCCUUUAUGGAUCCGCCGCAAGCCCCCUCCAGUGCCCGAAGUCAGCAAAGAAAAACCCAAUGGGGUUAAAACCAAUGGUGGGGCUGUAGGGGGAAACGGUGGUGGUGGAGGUGCCAAAGAAAAUGGUAACGGUGGUGCGGGAGGUGGAAAAGAAGGUGGGAACGGUGGAGCGGUAGGGGGCAAUGGUGGUGAGGGAGGCGACAAUGGUGGUGGGGAAUAG